AAAAAAAAUAGUUUUAUAUACUUAGUAUUAGAUUAAAUAAAAUAUAAAAACUUUUGAACAAUCCUUACCGACUCCAGUAACAAAUACUCCUAUACAAUAAUUAGAAAAUCAGAAUAGCAAUAACAAAAAAAAUAAAUAAAAAAAUUUUUUUGGAAAAAAAAGUAUUGUCCAAAACUUUAUUGACCCACUCCUAAACUGAACAUUAUCAAAUCAAUGAAUUGGAGUCUGCGUGCUCUCUUCGUUUUGGGCUUUCUUGGGCGCAUGCAGGUAAUGUCCACAAUGUUCCGGUGAACCGCCUCCGGCCACGCUCUGUGUGCCUCCCGUCGCCCCCAUUUCUCAACAACACAACUCUCACUUGUCAACGUUCGCCAUUAAUUAAUAUCACCACUAUUACAGAGCCUCUCUCUCUACAACUCCCCUCUCUCUCCACGAUAAAAUGGCUAUUCGGUCCAUCAAGCGGCUCUUCCACAACACAGAUUUGAAAACAAACUUGCUGAAGAAGCAGAAGUCAUACCGAAUAUUUGUUUAUGAUGUUCUUAAUCAAUAUCAGUCGCAAUGCUCAAAGGCAGAAAAGGUGGAAACUGAUGCGUUGAAGGAGGUAAAGGAUGCAUCUCAAGUGCCCGUACGGCCUAGAGUGGAAAUGAAUUUAGGCUCCAAUUCUGGUAUCAGGAAAUACAAUUCUGGUGAUGAUGAUUCGAGCGAUAAUAAAUGGAAGGUAGAACUUGCUUGGAUCACGAAGGCUCUUGAACCAGCAUUACAAUUGUGUAGAUGGGCUUUACCAACAGGAAAUGAAAUUGGAAGCAGAUCCCCACCUGGCAGUAGAUCACUUGGUGAGAUUGUUGCAGGCAUUCAGCGGAGUAAGCUUGGACUCCAGGAUUGGAGCCUAAGUGAUCUUACAUUAGGCUUAUAUCUUAUAUACCUGCAACAGGCAUCUGCAAAUCCAUUCGAGGAUGUUAGGGGUGUUCAGAUUUCCUCAGAAUUAAUAGUCCAAGAUCUUAUCUACCACACAGAAUUAGCAAAAGGGGCUUAUAAAGAUAGUGUUGUGGGCCUUGCAAGAAACAGCAUGCUUCGAGAAAGCAAUGUUAUAAAGUUUGUUAAGAACUCAAGUGUUAUGAGGCCAGGAUAUUAUAUAGGGAUAGACGUUCGCAAGAAACUUGUAAUUCUUGGAAUCCGUGGAACUCAUACUGUAUAUGACCUUAUUACUGACAUUGUUUCUUCAAGCAAUGAAGAAGUCACAUUUGAGGGGUAUUCAUCCCACUUUGGCACUGCUGAGGCUGCGCGUUGGUUUCUUUGUCAUGAGAUGGGAACCAUAAAGAAGUGCCUGGAAAAGCAUGAGGGAUAUAGGUUGAGGUUAGUGGGUCAUUCUCUUGGGGGCGCUAUAGCUUCUUUGCUGGCAAUAAUGCUCCGUAAAAAGUCAUCCAGGGAGCUUGGCUUUAGCCCUGAUAUUGUGUCUGCAGUUGGUUAUGCCACACCACCUUGUGUCUCCAGAGAGCUUGCUGAAAGCUGCUCAGAUUAUGUCUCCACUGUUGUGAUGCAGGAUGAUAUAAUUCCAAGGUUAAGUGUAGCUUCUCUAACAAGGUUGAGGAAUGAAAUACUGCAGACUGAUUGGAUGAGUGUCUUGGAGAAGGAAGACUGGGGAAGUGUCAUAGGUUUGGUAACAAAUGCAAAGCAGGUUGUGUCCUCAGUACAAGAUGUGGCUCGGAAGCUUGCUGAAUAUGCCAAAUUUAGGAAUGGGACAGAAUCUUCUGAGCUCCUCAACAGAAAGGAAUCAUCUGUUUUUCUCAGCUCCCCUUCAACCUCCAAGCCAGCAGGAGAGAGUGCUGUUCUUGUGAAAAAGGAAGACACUGCAGAAGAAUUGUUUGUACCAGGGAGUCUCUAUUAUCUGAAGAGGAAUAACAGCAGCGAUGGCACAGGCAGAGAAUAUUUCACGCUGUGGAAUAGACAUCCGGGUGAACAUUUUCAGAGGAUAUUGCUGUCAAGCAACUUAAUUUCAGACCACAAAUGUGACAGCCAUUACUAUGCUCUCAGGGAUGUGCUCAAGGGUUUGCCUGGGUCCAAUCAUGAAGGUAUUUUCCGAUAAACAUUUUUCAAAAUUUGUGGACAAUUUUGUUUAUUUGUUUCUAUGUACUAAUAGUUAUGUAAUGAUAGUCUUCACUUAAUCUGGUUAUUGAAAAAUCAUAUAUAGAGUUUUGGUUAUUCAAAGAAUCAAAGUUAUUGCAUUUCCACUUGAAAAACAAAGUGCUUCCAAUAGCCAAGUGAUAUUUUUACCCCUUGUUUUACAAGCUCAGUGGAAUUCUAAUGUCCGUGACUACAUGUUCAAAAGUA